UUUACUAUCCAGUUCAUUCUGGCUCCUGACUGCGCAUGCGCCGAAUCAGGGCAUUUGGAUUGUGUACGGCGCAUUGGGGUGGAACGGGUCCAGUUUCCCUCUUUGAAAAGCUGCAGGAAUCAUGGGAGCUGUGUUCCUGCCAGCAGAUGAUGCGCACUCGGUGCUGCGGAGGCUCCCGAGAGCAAACUUCUUCUUGGAGGAGAUGAAACAAGGGAACAUCCAGCGAGAAUGCAGGGAGGAAAUCUGCAAUUAUGAAGAAGCCAGGGAGGCGUUUGAGAAUGACGAAAAAACGAGGCGUUUCUGGGAGGAGUACCAGCGUGAGAGCAGCCCCAUGCCUGGAGGUCUGGAAUCCAUCGCCGGUGGCAUUCAUUCUCUGUACCUGAUUUUACCCCUGCUGCUGGUUUUGCUGCUCAUUGCUGCGGUUUCCAUCACGGUUUGGAGAUGCCACUCACGCAAAAGAUACCAGCAAAGCCCUGCCAUUGGGCGUCCACAAAGAGACACAGCCUUAUCAGUGGUGUCCAUGGACCAGUGGGGUCGGCACUACCAUCCUGACAUCAGUCCUCACUCAGAGAUCAGUGCCCACAGUAGCCCCGCCUACCCUGGUGCUGACCUCACACAUGGGCGGGGCAGUCAGGGUGACCCGCCCCCUUCAUAUGAGGAAGCUGUGGGCCAUACAGAUAUACAGAUUGAAGCGGAGCCUCCACCACAAUAUGAAGACAUCAUCAGUGACCACAGUAACACAGUUAUCACCUCCCAGGGAAAGUGAUGGAUCUUCCAGGCAUGUUAUCCAGCCUCAUGUAGGGAUGCAUAUUGAUGCCAAUACACCAAUACUGUUAACUCUGUCAUUCCUUACUCGCUGUGUCUCUCUUCUCUUUCAUAGCUUAUGUUUUGGCGGGAUAUGAACAUGCUUUGCCCCGUUUAUUUUUUAAGUACUAUAAAUAUUUUUUUACAACAUCACUACUUCUAUGACAGGCUUUUCAACUCAAAACAGCUAAACUUUACUAAAUGUGAAGAGAAAACAACUAAUGCAAUAACAUUAUCCACAGUUCUGUAAUUCGGAUAUUGAUAAACAUUAAGAUGCUUUGAUUUCAGAGAUGUUCGUAGAACUCAUAAAAACAUGAAUUCUGUACUGUGACGAAGUACUGUGAUGUCAUCAGCCAUUCUUUUGAGUUAGUAAGUCCUAUGGAUGUUAGAACAUCUUAGAAAGGAACUGAACAUUUGGUCAGUUGUGGCCUCUCAUGGCACAAUUAAAACAUAUAGUUGUAAAUAAUCAGAUUCUGAGGGGAAAAAAAUGCACAAUAAUUUCAGGAAGUUUAAAUUGUAUUGUUUACUGAAAUUCAAGGUUCAUUGUGACCUUUAUUAGUAGCCAUUUAAACUUGGGCUAUCUCUGUGUAAUUGCAUAAACGUCACUAUGCACUGGACUCACAGCCUCAAUGAAAUGCUGAUAUUGGGUUGAUUAUUAUAAUUUUUUUCACUAGUUGAGGCGUUAAACACUGUGUUAGGUUUAGUUAGCAUGUUGGAAACAUUUUAGCUGAAUGGAUAACAAGUUAACAGUUUGAGUUGAGAAUACAUUGCUGAUAACAUUGACCAAACAAAUUAAAUCCAGAUUUUAUGUAGCAUCAUGGUUGUUAAUUCUGAAUCAGCCUCAAGUUGCUCAACCAAGUCAACAUGUGUGUGGUUCUGAUUCAUAUUUGGAUUAAGGAAAAUACAAUACUGGAUGGAAUAAUUCACCCAAAAAAAUAUAUUUGCUGAGAUUUUACUCACCCUCAGGCCAUCCAAAAUUUAGAUGUAUUUGUUUAUUGGAUCAGAUUUGGAGAUAUUUAACAUUACCUCAUUUGCUCACUAAUGGAUCCUCUGCAGUGAAUGGGUGCCAUCAGAAUGAGACUCCAAAUAUCUGAUAAAAACAUCACAAUAAUCCAUAAGUAAUCCACAGGACUCCAGCCCAUUAGUUAACAUCUUGUGCAGUGAUGUUUGUAAUAAACAAAUAUAUACUUUAAAUAAUUGCUUCUGGCCAAAAUAUGAGUCCUCUAUCCAAAAUAAAAAUUUCAGUGAAACAUUCUGAGGCACCCGUUCACUGCAGAGGAUCUAUCCAUCAUUUUUGUGUGACGUCACACACUCAUAGGAAGGAACGCCCACAUGACUGCCAGUUAUUUUUACCCAGUUUACAUUAAUUAGUAAUGUAGUAAAAUGGAGAUAUUUAAAGGUGAAAUUCAAUAAACACCUUACUGAUGAUGUAUAUUUUGUACAGGCAAGCAUAUGGACCCAGAAUAUAAACACAAUGUGCAAUGUUUCACUUUAAAUGGUUUCUCAUAGAAAACCCUUAUAAGGAAAACACUGAACCAUUAAGCGGAUUGCAUUUAUAUUCCAGCUUUAUCUGCUUGCCUUUGUAAACUAUGCAUCAUUAAAAUGCUAAUUACUGAAUUUGAUCUUUUAAUAUUACUGUUUUAAAUAUAUUAAGGCACUUUAAGUAUUUUUACGUUUUUUUUGCACUGUUUAAUGAUUGAAAUCUUGCCAUGGGUGCUAAAUAUGGAUUGCAAAUUGCCAAAACUUGCAUCUUGUUCACAUACCUUUGUUUUAUUCUUUUUAGAGGUGAUUUAAAUAUUUUGCCGCUGUGAGACAGGCUUUUGCUGCAGUUCUAUGGAUGUUUUGUCCUCCAGAUCUUUGAGCCGGUCACAUGACUGAAAGUGGUGUCGUGCUAAAUUACUCCGAAUCUGUUGCGAUGAAGAAACAAACUAAUCUGUGUCGUGGAAAGAUUGAGAGUACAUUUUCAGCAAACUUUCAUUUUUGUGUGAACUUUUGUUUGAACUGUUGUAUUGUGCAAGUGUGGUUUGCGGUUUGCCAUUUCAGUCAAGCCACAGUGAGUUCAAUGGCAAAACGUGGUGGACUAAACGGUCUAUGCACACAGUCCAGUUUAGCAGUUUACAUGGUCACAGCCUUGUGAAAUUAUUCUUUCUUGUAGCCAAGGAAUAAACAGGCAUAUUAAGCAUCCCAAGAUGGGAAAUCUAAGAAAAUCAAGAUGAAUUGUUCAUUGUGGAGGUAAUUACUAAGGAGCAAGAAGCAUGCUUUUUGUUUGUUAUAAGCUGUUUGCAGAAUCUCUUUUAGAUGAUUUAGAGUAAAUAACUCGUGUUUUUUCUCUAACCUCUUAUAGAAUGUUGGAAAUAACAAUUAUGACUUGGCCAUGCUGGUGUUUUUUAUCUGAGCUCUGGUAUAUUUUGAAUGUGUUGAAGGCUGUUUUCACGCUUGGUUUGAUUGUUGAAACAGUGGUUUGAUUAAACCCCUUCUGCUUUCACACUUUAGUUUUGGGUCAGAAUCGUAGUAUGUUUGCAUUUGCAAUGCAAGUGUUAGCGGCAGCUGUGUAACACUAUAAAUAGAGUGUGCUACAAAGCGUAACUCUUUCCCCAUGACAUGAUUUUUUUUUUGGUAACACUUUAACCUGACACCUUUAUAUAUUAUAAAGGUAUUUAUAAUGUACAUUGUUAAGGCAUUCUUUAUUUUUUAUAAAUAAUUGUAACCAAAAUUAAAAUGAGUUAUAAUAUUGGCAGAUUCCUUGUUACAUCUAAAAUUAAUUGUUUAUCAUGUCUUAAUAUAAAAAAUGCAACUAUGAAUAGCAAGUAUUGUGGUUACAAUUAUUCAUGAGAUCAUACAAUACAUUUUAAGGUGUACAUAUAUGCGCUUCAGUUAAAGUGUUACUGAUUUCACCUUCUAAAAUUUUCUUUUCAGACAGUUGAAAAACAAUGUUGGAUAUUUGACACUAACUAUUAUGUUAGUUAGUCUAGUUUUCACCUCAGGCCCAGCUACACUAAACAAUAACCAAGAGAAUUUUAAAUUAAGAACAAAUUAUGGGAACAAGCAGUAUUAGUCCUCUAAAAAAUUGAAGGAAAACUCAAGGAAAUAUUCAGUAUUAAAUAUCAGGAAAGUGUGUGCUUGCUUGUGUGUGGUGGUGGUGGGGGGGCAUAAUAGAAAAAUCUACUUAUUGUACUUAUUCAGUAACUGAGUGAAUGCACUUUUUUUAGAGCACUGAUUGCUCUUUGUAAAUAAAUAUUAAUUGAUGUAUAAAGAUAUUUUUAAUUGAUGUAAAAGAUUUAAUUUUUUUAGCAAAUGCUGUUUGGUUUAUCCUUUUGCCUUUCUACAGUUUAUAUUAUCAGUUCGUUGACAACAUGCUCAGCUGACAGAAAUAUGCAAUAAAAUACAUGGCCAGCACUAACUCCAGAAACCUUUGUGAAAAUCAGAAUAGUCUCACUUUGCCUCAAAUGAUGUUGUUAAAGGUAAAGUAAAAUAAGACUCGAAAUACUCUGAUGUUGUAAGUUUGGCUGACUUUCUGAUGUUGUUGUAUGUGUCCAUGUAUUAUUCUCAACAUUGAUAAUUGAGAGAAUUUCCUGAGUGCCAAAUCAUCAUAUUAGAAUCAUCAAUGUUAGAAAUGGCUGUUAAAAAUUCAGCUUUGCAAUCACAGGAAUGAAUGUAUUUGUUUUUAUUUGUUUUGACAAAUAAUUAAAUUGAAUUGUAUUAAUUAACAUUA